GCGGCCGCCGUGUUGUGUCCCUCGCCGCUGGAGGACGCAGGAGCGGGAGCGCGGCACUCUGCCUGCUCUCCCGAGCAGGGCCCUCCCACGCCGGCUGCUGCUUCCAUUCGGGUCCCUACUAGGGCUGUGGUGCUUCCUGUGUGAUUCAUCUUAAAAUACCCUUUUGAGUUGGAGAAUUUUCUACAGGUGAAGAUUAUGCAGGAAGCUUACAGUCAAGUUCAGGCGUUGACUGCUGCACUUACCUUUUUCUCAAUAUAAAUCAGCACAAAAGACAUAAUUUCAGCUUAUUACCGCAUGUGCAAAAGCACUCAUUUCCCAUUAGUAUUUAGUUUCCAUUUCUGUUUUGCUCCAGAAACAAGCUCCUGGAGAGCUGUUGAGUUCACAGCAGCUCAUCAAGUGAAGCAUAUCAGUCUAUUUGCACAAGAGAAGCAUCUUUCCGCUCCUACCUGUGAUGUUGGAAUGGGUAUUACAAAGCCCGCGAGCCUUAAGAAACUGAGAUAAGAUCUGAAAAUAGAGCACUGGAUCACUUCCUAGUGUUUCACGGCAGGACCGCCGCCAGCCUUCAUCACAAGUCACCUCCUCGUCAUGCUUAGCAUUUCCUGCGCAGUCAGCGUACUCUCCGCAGCCAGGGCCAGCAUCCUGGUGAGGAGCCGGAGGCGAGGCCGGGGCCGCCGCCUGCCGCAGCAGCAGGGCUCGGGCCGGCGCCAGGCAUGUCGGUGUGCGGGGAGGCGGUGGGCGCCGGCUCCCUGCCCAGCGAGCUGGUGGUGCACAUCUUCUCCUUCCUGGCGGGCCCGGACCGGCUGCGGGCCUCGGCCGCCUGCUCGCACUGGCGGGAGUGCCUCUUCUACCCGGCCCUCUGGCCGCGCCUCCGCCUCAGCCUCCGCGUCUCGCCGGCGGAGCGCCCGCGCCUCGAGUUCCUCAUGCGCAAGUGCGGCUGGUUCGUGCGCGAGCUCCGCGUCCAGUUCGCCGCCGACAACUACCCCAGCGGCGGCGGCGGCGGCGGCGGCGGGGCGGGCGAGGGCGCCGCGGCGGCGGCCGACGGGGAGGCGCCGCCGCCGCCGCUGUGUCCGCGCUGGCUGGACCUGCUGAGGACCUACCUAGAGCUGGUGCUGUGCGUGCUGAGCAGCGUCCGCAACAACAGGAACCUCCAGAAAUUAAGUCUCUUUGGGGAUAUAAGCAUUCUGCAGCAACAUGGAAGUAUAUCAAAUACAUACCUCGGCAAGGUUGACCCUGAUGGCAAAAAAAUUAAGCAAAUACAACAGCUGUUUGAAGAGAUAUUAGGCAAUAGCAGGCAAUUGAAAUGGCUGUCUUGUGGGUUUAUGCUACAAAUAGUAACUCCCACAUCAUUGUCCUCCUUAUCAAACCCCAUAGCCAACACCAUGGAACAUCUGAGCUUAUUGGACAACCACAUCCCUGGUAAUACCACUCUUAUCACUGCGGUUGAAUUGGAGCGCUUUGUGAAUCUGCGUUCGCUCGCUUUGGAUUUCUGUGAUUUUACAGCUGAAAUGGCAAGAGUCCUGGCUGAUAGCAACCAUGUGCCUUUGCAUCGACUGUCUCUUCUGGUCCACAGUGUUUCCAUAAUGCACAAGUCCUUGGACAGUAUGCCAGAAGAUGAGAACUGGAAGGCGUUGACACGCAACAGCACUAAUCUUCGGGUCUAUAUAAUGGCUUUUGAUGUCAAGAGUGAUGAUAUGUUAAGGAUUCUUAAGCCCAGUAUCCCCUUAGAGAGGAUUCACUUUGACAGCUACAUCACUUGUGUUUCAGGGGCUGUUGUUGAUCUAAUAUCCAGGCAGUAUGACAAGUUCCUCACUCAUUUUAUACUAAUGAAUGAUGUGAUAGAUAUGUCUGGCUUCCCAGAUCUUAGUGACAACCGGAAUGAAGAUCCACUUGUCUUACUAGCCUGGAGGUGCACAAGACUCUCUCUUCUAGCUGUUCAUGGUUACACAGUUUGGGCUCAUAAUCUCAUUGCAAUUGCUCGUCUUCGUGGCUCUGAUCUGAAAGUUCUUGAAGUCACAGAAGAAAGCAUUGAUUUUGACCAAGGAGAACUGGCUGAUCAGGAUGUGGAUCCAGUACAUAAUCUCAUUGAGCAAGUGUCCCUUGGAUUGGGUCGACCUUGGCAUGCAGUCAUGGACAUAGAAUUGCUCAGUGUCUUCACUGAGCCAACCCGUCAUUUUUAUAGAGAGAUGCAAAGCUUCAGUGAAGGCAUUUAGCUUUUUAUUUACAAUUCCUGUGGUUACAUAUGCAAGUAGGGUCCUAUUAUGUUUUUUCAGUAGCGUGAAUUAACCCCUUUUGUGCUGUGUUUAAUCAGUAUUAGCUAUAUAGAAUUAUAUAUGUGUAUUCUACUUCUUGAUCAAAGAACGUAGUCGGGUAUUGGUUUAGAAGCUGAAAGUGGCAGUGUUUAGGGUUUUCACGGUUAAUGGACUUGUCUACCAAACCUUAAAGAUAUACAGCCAAAGGCUGUCUGAGGUUGCCGGCUAACUUUAUUUUUAUUGAGUAACUGCAUUUUGAAUGAUUUUACUGUUAUAUCGGAGUUCUGUGCUCAGGAGCCAACUCUUUUUAAUAUCCAUAGCCCAGUGGAUUUGUACGCAGUCUUUGUUUGCUUUAUCUGGUAGCAUGCUACUUAAUAGGCUUAACAGGAGGAGAAGACUGUCCAGGGCUGUUCAUUGUUAAGACUUUCACUUUGCUUUAUUUCACAUGCAGAUUCUGAAGUGUGACUUACUACCAUUCGCAAUUUUUCUUAGCUGUUAAGCAGUGGUGCGAAACACUAGCUUUUCAGAUACUUGCACUUGCAGAUCAACUCCAUAAGCUGUAGUCUUUCUGGGGUUUUUUUUGGUUUUGUUUUUGUUUGUUUUUUGUUUUGUAAACUCAUUCUAGCUUAUUCUCAUGUUCUGCCAUCUUCCUUAAAAGUUAGCUUUGGGCCCAGGUUUAAAAGAAUAAACAAGAACAUGCACUCCGAUGAGGUAAAAACGUAACAGCGAAGAUUUCAAUACAAAGGUAUACACCUGCAAACAAACGUUAGUCGUGAAAUCCCUAGCAACCAAGUCACUGGAUUUUCUCUGUCAGCGCCUGUGUCAGCUGCCAAAGAAUAGAUUAAAAAUGAAGAAGUGCCCACAUGCUGGCAGGGGCAGGCCAACUUUUGGCCAGCCAGAUACUGCUAGAUUGUAAUAUAUAAGGUCGAAUUUCGACCUGUGGUACACAGCUGUGCUGUGGCUCAGUCAGCAACCUCAGAACUCUUAAACAAACAUGCACCUGUUUCACUGUGAAUAGUGAAUGUAAAGGAAGGAAAGGAAGCAAAUACAAAGCUUGUUCUGUCACAGGUAUGAGCUGCUAUGAUGCAUGAAGAACAUUCCAUGAAGUAUGUUUUAAAAUCUUGUUAUAUCUGAGAGGCUUUAAAAGCCGAUUUAACUGUUUCAGGGCAACCGCGGUACAGACGUGGUCUCUGUGAGACUUCCACCUGACCCCAGUUUUAAGUGGUACGAAUGUUGUGCAUUUAAUGUUUAAAGGACAGUCUGCAAUAAUAAAGUAAGUGGCCAACGUGGGUGCCCAGCAGUGCUGAGACCUGGCUGCUAUAUUGUAAGCUUUGGAAAACACAAUUUAUGCAACAGAUGUCCAGAUAUGAUUCUAUUUAUGGAAAAGUUUAUAUGUGUUUUACAAAUGGUUUUACCAUCUUAUAUUAAAAUGACCUUUUGACAGGUGUGCGCUGUUUUGUCUCCAGUGAGCACAUACCAUGCGGAUUUUAUAUGUACAUCAGUAGAGUGAAUCCACUGGCACAGUGUGUGUAUAUGCCAGAUGUGGUGAGAUUUUAUCUUAUAAAUGUGAUCAGAUUAAAAAAAAAAAAACUCCUGACAGAAAAUGUAAGGAAACCAGCUGAAUGUUUGAAUUGAUGACUGAUGUUGUAUGGUUUAUGUUAAAUGUAUAUUCUUUUAAUCAAUGAAUAAAGCAUUAAAAAUUGA